UUUAUCAAUAAAAAAAUUUGGAGGACACUCGUGACCUACAUAAAGUUUUAUUGUUUUUGUCUCCAAAUGUGUAUUAAGAAGGAUAAUUUAUUAAAAUGUUUCGAAAAUGUGUUAUCAGUUAUGUUAGUUGACAAUGGGUGAAAAUUUUAUAAGGAAUUCAUGUAUUCCUAAUUAUAGCAGUAUCUCCAAAAUUUGUCAACCUAGUCACAAGUUAACACUUACUGGCAAUUUCACUCCAUGCCAUCGUCACUUUGAUAUAACUACCUCAGGAAGACAUAGUAUGCGUCAAGACAUAUUGAAUACUGUGUUAAAGAAAACAGAAUCUAUAAUGACCGAGCACAGAAGUAGUGAUGUCAAUAAUCCUACAUAUGAAGACCCAAGGGAUGUUGUUGAAAAACCAGUGAAACCUCCUAGAAAGAGGAACGUACACGGAAUUGCAGUGACAUCACCACGAGGUAAGGAGGGAAAGUCCCUGCUCAAGGAACAGAAGCGGAAGCUGACUAAGAAGUAUGAGGGUCUGGUGACUGCGCUCAUGGAUAAAUGUGAGGAGAAUGUUGUUGUGAUUUCAGAAAAAGAAUCUCAAAUCAACAAACUAAAAGAUAAACUCAAAACUGUAUUAGAAUAUAACAGAUUAUUUGCAAAUGAAAAUGAUCGAGUGAAAAGUGAGUAUACGACAUUAGUUAGCUACGUGGAAGAGUGUAAGAGAGUUAUAAAAGAAGAGAGAGAGAAAAACGGAGAAUUAGAGAAAAAGGUGAAGAAGUUUGAGGAGAAAGUGAAACAGUAUGAAGUUCCAGAUAAAGAACAUUCUACUGCAAUACCACUAGUGGAGGUUUGUAUGAGCUGCAGCAGUCGGCAGAUCGUUCUUAACCAAGCACGUGAACAGAAUUCAAGGUUGCAGAAAGACAUGCAGGCAUUGAAGGAUGUUUUAUAUAGACUAAAUGUCCAGCUGUCCAGAUACCAAGAGCGAUUGAGGAGUGUAAAUCCUCUGAAUGCAGAUGGCAAUAUUUUUAAACCGAGCGAGAAGUACGAAGGACUCGAUUCAUUGAUAACAGCCAGCUUGGGACAGAGGCACGAAACAAAUGAAGAUGGUCACACCAAAAAUAUGUCUGAGGACGGUACAACACAAUCAGAAAGAGUAGUCGAUUUGUCUGGACUAUUAAGCGCGCAAGCUCUGGCGCCAUUAUUUGAUGCAUAUCAAGAAAAUCUACAAGAGAAAGACAAUCUUAUUUUAGACUAUGAGAAACAGUUUGAAAUAAUUAACAAGAAAUCGAAACAAAUCGUCGAAGAGAACAAGUUAUUGGUGGAAAAGGUACACGCAUUGGAAGAAGAAGUUGUGCGAACGAGACAGAACUAUAAGAAAUUGCUAGUCGAGAAAGAGACAAAUGAUGUAGAGAAAACUACGCUAUUAGAUAGGGCGGAGAGGGCGGAGUCUAAAUUAAAGGAAGUUUAUGAACUGUAUGAAGGGAAAAUGGCAGCCAUGUUCCGGGACUACGAAACGGUACAUAGGGAAUACUUCUCUGUGAAGACGGCUCUGGAAGCUUCUACGGGCAAGAUGGCGCAAUUAGACGCUAUGAGAGCUAAGACCGUACCAGCUGACUUGCACGAGAGGAGAUUAGAUGAUUGUAAGCGGUUAUUGGAAGAAUUAAAACAUCAAUAUGCCAUGGAGUCGGAACGGAAGAACGAACAAAUUAAGAAGUUGGAAGAGGAUUUACGAAAAACAGACGAUAAGUACAACAAGGUUUGUCAAGAACAUGAGGCGGUCAAAGAAGAAUUAAAGGCUGCAUUAAAAAAUGUCAGACUGUACCGCAAGGCGGCGGUCGUGUUCCGCGCGCGCGCGCGGUCGGCGGCGGCGCGCGCGCGUCGCUCGCAGCGCGCGCCGCACGCGGAGCCGCUGCGCCGCGCGCUGCUCGCACUCGACAAGAUCAAGGCUGAGAUUAAGACGGUGAAGUCCCGCGCGCAGGCUUCGCUGUCGGAGCUGGAGCGUCGCAUGUCGCACGCGCACGAGGAGCACCGGCGCGACCUCGAGCGCGCCACCCUCGCGCUGCGGCACAAGGAGGCCGUCAUACGGAGCCUCAUCGACAAGGUGGCCGACGUCGAGGAGGUCCGAUUAAGUCAAACCAAUACAAGUCGUCUGCAAGGUAUAAUCUCCGACUCGUCAGAUCGUUCCCCGAAGGCCCAAGAUAAGAAAGACAGGCCCAACGUGAAGCUGGUCCCAGGUCCCGGGGGUUAUUAUCAAGAAAAAGACGGGAAAAAGAAGAAGUGAUUUAUAUUUUGUACGACAUUUUAUCAGUUAUAUUUAACGUUGUGACAUUUUCUUCCAAACAUACAUUACUACCAAAAUCUAAUAAAAAUAGAGAUAAGAUAAAUGGAAAAUAAGACGCCGUGUUCAGAAAAAAAUAUCAGUUAUUAAAAAUUGUGAACUUUGAACAAAGAAAAUUUUUGUCUGAUAUACGUCAUGUGUG